AUGGCUGCCACGGUUCCGCGAAACUUCCGCCUCCUGGAGGAGCUCGAGAAAGGCGAGAAAGGAUUGGGCGCAGAGGCUUGCUCUUAUGGACUUGCUGAUGGAGAGGACAUGAUGAUGAGCAACUGGAAUGGAACCAUCCUUGGGCCCCCUCAUAGCGUCCACGAGAACCGGAUAUACAGUGUCAACAUCCACUGCGGACCCGACUAUCCCGACAACCCUCCUACUAUCCAGUUCGUCUCGCGAGUCAACAUUCCUUGUGUUGACCAGCAAACAGGCAAGGUGGAUCCAUCCAAAGUCCCGUGUCUGGCUCAAUGGAAGCGGAACUAUACCAUGGAGACCGUCUUGAUCGAGCUGCGGAGAUACAUGGCCUUGCCCCAGCACAAGAAGAUCGCACAGCCCCCAGAGGGAUCGACCUUCUAA